AUCCUCCGCUCUCCCCGGCAGCGCUGCUGCUGCUGCUGCGUAUUCUUGUUAUAGCUGGCCCUGCUCCAGCCUCGCUGAUCGCUGCCUCCUUCGCCCUGCCUCCUCCUAUUUUUUCCACCCACGGGUAAAGGUGUUUUUUUUACCCAUCCCACUUCAAUCCGUGGGCUGGAUUUCUAUCACAUGCCCUACUCACACAAACACAAGCCCUCCCUUACCCCCAAAUCACACACACGUGUGGGCAUACAGCAAUACUUAUAUGUGCUAACCUCUCGUAACUCCAAAUCCCAGACCCAUGUAGAAAGUUGUGUGACUAGUAUUUACCUCCGGUGCCCUGUGACCUAAAUUGUCCUCCUCAGAUCACAUACAUCCUAUCUGCCAGUUCCCCGGCGUGUGGACGGAUCGCACCGCUGCAGCCAGGCUGCCCUCCGCAGGCUCGCACCAUAGUACAUAGGGGGUAGUGUGGAAGCCCCUCUUCAGCUGCUGGUCACUACACUAGAGGAGAUCCCCUCGCUCUCCUCCUCUUUCUCUCCUCUCGCUUUGGCAGCAGCAGGACGUCCGGUGCGGCGGCGGCUCCUCGUGUGGAUCCCACAAGGUGCAGCAGCAGAUCGCUGGGGUUGUGCGGUCACCAUGAGCUCAAGGGAAAGUGGCCGCCAGUCCAGCGCGGUGGAGCAUCCCGCGUCCCCCUCAGAGUCACCGAAGAGGGCACGAGGGAGACCCCGGAAACCGCAAAAAGAGCCAGCAGCUGGAGAGCCCUCUCCUAAAAGACCCAGAGGAAGACCUAAGGGAAGCAAAAAUAAAGGGCCUUCAAAAUCCGCACAAAAGAAAGAAGAGGGCAGUGGUGAAAAACGUCCAAGAGGGCGUCCUAGAAAAUGGCCACAACAAGAGAAGAAGUCCGGUCAGGGAGAAACAGAAGAGGCCUCCUCGCACGAAUCUGAAGAGGACUAGACGACAACCAACAUGAAUUUCUACCUCAAACAGCAGUUGGGUUUCUUAGAUUCAGAUUCAGUCCGUUUCAGUUUAUCUGGAUCUGGGAAAUGAAAAGACGCUGCCUUGACCACUUAAUUUGUACUUUCGCCAUCUCUCUGCUACCUGUCUACAGGGCAGGGAACCAAAUCACACAAACUCUGAGAACUUGUUCAUUACUUUUCUUUGUAAUCCUUUCACUGACCCAGGUUUAGUGCUGAGGAAAAACUGCUGUAAGACAGGGGAUACAGAUGAAUGGUAACUUUUUAAAUGAUGAUGUUCUUAACCUACUAAUCAUUAUCAUUAAUACUGUUAAGAAAAUGUGUGGGUGAAACAUUCUUGCACCAGGUUCAGUCACUCACUGCACUGCAUACACAUAAGGAAUCUUGCAACAUAUGAUAUGUUACAAUGGGCAUUUUAAUUGGAAAGACUUGGUAUGUAACACUGUGUAGACCAUACCAUGUAAUAUCCUAACCUGAUAAACCCCCACUUAGAACAACAAAGCUCCUGGCAGAUGUUUGAUUUUGUUUUGUAUUUUUAAGCAGGAGAUUGCCGACUCUAAAUAUAUUGCUUGAGUUGCAGAAAAAUAUAAAGGUGAACAUUUACAAAGCAAGCCAUCGUUCCUUUGCACGGAAACAGGAAAGCUAAAACAGCAACACUAUUCAGUGCAAAAAGCCGGCGUGUUUUGAUGUGAUAACAAUUGCCAUUUUAAAUAUCCUGCAUCAACACUUCGGGAAGCAUAAAUUCACCCCAAAAUCUUGACUCUAAAGAGGGGGGGGGGGAAUUCUUCCCUAAUCUAUGACACACCGGCCAUUAUACAAAGUAAUUCUACACUUCUUGU